AUGCUGAAUUUCCUGAUGCUUGCUCUGCCAAUGCAGGCAGUGGCCUUGGGGCCUCCACUGCCCGGCAGCCAGCAUGUGGGGCAGGCCAUUGACAUCCUGACAGCAACACGAUACGGGUUCAGCCGCAGUGCGGGGAACAUCUUCAAGCUGGUCUUCAACUGCUCCACCAAUGCGUUCGCCCCCGAUGAGUACUCAUAUCCAUGGGGUGUGCAGCAGCCAGCCCCGCUUCCUGAAUGCCAACGGAUGGUGAGCACACUUUCAGUCGAAACCUCAGAGCAGUACCAGCAUGAAAGCACAGAAGAUAUUGCCAUUGGCGGCAAGUUCAAGUCAUUCGCCGGAAAGUAUGCGGCGUCCAGCAAGGAAGUGCGUAGCCACCUGUCCAAUCGCAAGCAAACAGCCUUGCCAGUCAAUUUCUCGGCCGAGAACGCCGAUGUGUUCUUCCACUUCUUCGACCAAAGGAACACCCAUGUCGUAACCCGGUGCUUUGUGGGGGGUGCCAUGGCUGAACGGGCUUACACUGGGGAAGCUUACACCAAAGAUCACAGCAUUGAAGAGCUGAAACGGGAGGGCCAGCGCGAGCUUCUGAGCUUGGCGACAGCCAUGGAGCACUACUUCUACCGCCCAGGCUGUACAAGUCCGCUCUUCCCUAACUACGAUGAGAGAGCCUUGCAGGAUGACGGCAGAUGCAGCCCCCCCAUUCGAGCGUACAUUGAUCUAGACGAUAUGCUGUCGGUGGAAGGCAUCGGCAAGCAGCUGGUGUGGAAACAUUUGAGGGGUGUGGACGUUGGUGAGCAAAAUGGAAACCACUUUCCAGUCACCCUCACGUACACCCUAGCCGACGGCAAGGAGCAUGUGGAGCACUGGUUUGCACAGUCCGAAAGGGUCUACCACUCUCCAUACGCAUUAAACUAUUGUCGAUCUCCAAAAUUCACCAAGAUCGAGGGGCGCGACACCAUGGAGGUGAGCGCUGUGGAGAGCGAUGGGACGGUGGAAGUCUAUUUCCACGACGACCCAAAGGGGGCAGUUUGGUAUGAGGGCCUCAUCUCUUGGGCUCCUGAAAAUGAGUGUACUCAGGGCUGGCCGGAACCCACCCGAGACGUUUUUGUCUGACUUUGCGCUGCUGGUAGCAGCUGGCAAGUUAGCA